AAAUCAUGAUAAUGCGUGCAUGCAUGCCUAUAGAUCUUCGAAUUUCAAACCAUUGGACGCAUCACGAUGGUUUUGCACCCGGCCGAUCUCGGCAUCCAGCCAGGGCCCACUAACGAUGCCGCCACCACCAUGACAAUGUUCCAUCGUCUCUAGCUAUCCCGACUUCCCGCGGCUACCCUGCUCCUCCUCGAACGCCCAAACGACCACGAAGCUGCAGCAGCUCCCUCGCAUGUCGCGCCACCCCUUACUCUUGCUCCUGCUCGUCCCUCUGGUCGCCUCCAUUGCGCAGCCCCUUCCGUCGAACACCUCCGCCGGCACCGGCUCCACCACGGCCGUUCUGCUCUCCUUCGUCGCCGCGCUUCCCCCGGCCGCCCAGCGCGUCCUCCGCCCGACAUGGCUGCGGCGCCACCGGACCGGCGGCAACUCGUCCUCCCCCUUCGCCAUCUCCCGGCGCCACCACCACCGUCACUGCGCGUUUCUUGGCGUCACGUGCUCCGCCGCCGGCGCCGUGACCGCGAUCAACCUCUCCAGCACGGGGCUCUCCGGCGCGCUCGCGGCGUCCGCGCCGCGCCUCUGCGCGCUCCCGGCGCUCGCGGCGCUCGACCUCAGCCGGAACAACCUCACGGGCGCCGUUCCCGCCGCGCUCGCCGCGUGCUCCGCCGUCACCACGCUCGUCCUCGCCUUCAACCUCCUCGCGGGCGCCGUCCCCGCGGAGCUCCUCUCCUCGCGCCGUCUCCGGACGAUCGACCUCAACAACAACGCGCUCACCGGGGAGAUCCCCGCCGCUCCCUCCGGCUCCUCGCUCCUCGUGUACCUCGACCUCAGCGCCAACUCACUCUCCGGCGCCAUCCCGCCGGGGCUCGCCGCGCUCCCGGAGCUCACCUACCUGGACCUGAGCAGCAACAACCUGUCCGGCCCAGUGCCGGAGUUCUCAGCUCCGUGCGGGCUCCUCUACCUCAGCCUCUUCUCCAACCAGCUCGCCGGUGAGCUCCCCCGCAGCCUCGCGCACUGCGGCAACCUCACCGUCCUGUAUCUGCCCAACAACAACAUCAGCGGCGAGGUGCCCGACUUCUUCGCCUCCAUGCCAAACUUGCAGAAACUGUACCUUGGCAACAACGCGUUCACCGGCGACUUGCCGGCAAGCAUCGGUGAGCUUUUGAACCUGGAAGAAUUGGUGGUGUCGAGUAACUGGUUCACAGGCUCCGUCCCACAUAUAAUCGGGCAGUGCCAGUCCUUGACACUGCUCUACUUGAACGGCAACUGCUUCACCGGCUCAAUCCCACCAUCCAUCGGCAAUCUGAGCCUAUUGCAGAUGUUCUCCGUCGCGGACAACAGCCUCGCCGGGAGAAUCCCACCGGAAAUCGGGAGCUGCCGGGGACUGGUGGAGCUUGAGCUCCAGAACAACAGCCUCUCCGGCACGAUACCGCCGGAGAUCGCCGAGCUCAGCCUGCUGCAGAAGCUGUAUCUAUUCAACAACAUGCUCCAUGGCCCAGUUCCUCCAGCACUGUGGCAACUGACCAACAUGGUGGAGCUGUACCUCAGCAACAACAGCCUAAGUGGCGAGAUACAUCCAGACAUCACUCGCAUGAGCAACCUGAGAGAGAUCACCUUGUACAGCAACAACUUCACCGGCGAGCUGCCGCAAGCCCUGGGGCUCAACACCACGCCGGGGAUCCUCCGUGUCGACCUCACCGGCAACCGCUUCCACGGCGCGGUUCCUCCUGGCCUGUGCACCGGAGGCCAGCUCGCCAUCCUUGAUCUUGGAUACAACCGAUUCCAUGGAAGAUUUCCCAGCGAGAUUGCUAGAUGCCAGUCUCUGUACAGGAUCAACCUGAACAACAACAGGAUCAGUGGGAGCUUACCUGCAGACCUGGCCACGAACAGAGGGCUGUCGUACAUCGACAUGAGCGACAACCGUCUUGAAGGGGGGAUACCAAGCGUGAUCGGUUCAUGGAGCAACCUCACCAUGAUCGACCUCUCGCGCAACAGCUUCUCCGGUCCAAUACCCCGCGAGCUCGGCGCUCUGAGCAACCUUGUAACCCUGCGAGUGUCGUCGAACACGUUGAGUGGAUUGAUACCACAUGAACUAGGAAACUGCAAACGGCUUGUCUGCUUAGACCUUGGAAACAACCUUCUGAAUGGAAGUUUGCCGGCAGAGAUCGCAGCUCUUGGCAGCCUGCAAAGCCUCCUGCUCGGCGGCAACAAGCUCACCGGGGCAGUACCGGAUUCCUUCGCAGCGACACAGGCCCUCCUUGAGGUGCAGCUUGGUGACAAUCUUUUCGAAGGAGCCAUCCCACACAGCUUGAGCAAUCUUCAGUACAUCUCUAAAACCCUGAACAUGAGCAGCAACAGACUGAGCGGCCAGAUCCCAAGCAGCCUCGGCAACCUUCAGGACCUGGAAGUGCUGGACCUGUCCAAGAACUCGUUGUCCGGCCCGAUCCCGCCGCAGCUGAGCAACAUGAUCUCCCUUCUGGCCGUGAACGUGUCGUUCAACGAGCUGUCCGGCCAGCUCCCUGCCGGCUGGGUGAAGCUGGCAGCACGGUCCCCUGAGGGGUUCUCAGGGAACCCUCAGCUGUGCGUUCAGUCUGACAUUGCACCUUGCUCCAACAAGAACCAGUCUCUGAAAAACAGAACCAGAAAUGCACGGAUCAUCGUGGCAUUGCUGCUUCCAACCCUUGCCAUCAUCGCUGCCAGCAUCUUCCUCCUCCACCACGUCGCGAAGAGGUCGUCGCGGCGCCGAUCGGCCCGGCGCGUCUCGAUCCGCAGCAUGGACUCGACGGAGGAGCUGCCGGAGGACCUGACCUACGAGGACAUCCUCCGGGCCACCGACAACUGGAGCGAGAGGUACGUGAUCGGGCGAGGCCGGCACGGCACGGUGUACCGCACGCAGAGCAAGCUCGGGAGGGAGUGGGCGGUGAAGACGGUGGACCUGUCCCACGGCAAGUUCCCAGUGGAGAUGAAGAUCCUCAACACGGUGAGGCACCGGAACGUCGUCAGGAUGGCCGGGUACCACAUCCGCGGCGGCGCCGGGCUGAUCCUCUACGAGUACAUGCCGGAGGGGACGCUCUUCGAGCUGCUGCACGGGAGGAAGCCUCAGGUGGCCCUCGACUGGACUGCCCGGCACCAGAUCGCCCUUGGUCUGGCCCAGGGCCUCUCCUACCUGCACCAGGACUGCGUGCCCAUGAUCGUCCACAGGGACGUCAAGUCGAGCAACGUGCUGAUGGACGCCGACAUGGUGCCCAAGCUCGCCGACUUCGGCAUGGGGAAGAUCGUCGGCGACGAGGACGCGGACGCCACGGUUUCCGUCAUCGUUGGCACCCUCGGCUACAUCGCUCCAGAGCAUGGAUACUCCACGAGGUUAACCGAGAAGAGCGACGUGUACAGCUACGGGGUGGUGCUGCUCGAGCUCCUGUGCAGGAAGAUGGCUGUGGAUCCUGCGUUCGGAGACGGCGUUGACAUUGUGACAUGGAUGAGGUCGAACCUGAAGCAGGCAGAUCGUCGCCCCGCCGCCAUGAGCUGCCUGGAUGAGGAGAUUGUCUACUGGCCUGCAGAUGAGCAGGCCAAGGCACUGGACUUGCUUGAUCUAGCCAUUUCCUGCACGCAGGCGGCUUGCCAGUCAAGGCCUUCCAUGAGAGGUGUGGUGAACACCUUGGUGAGAAUGGAUAUGUAAGGAUUCCCCUGAAGUUUUCAACGUGUUGUCAGAUCAGCUGCCACAGUACAUAGCUGACAUACAAAAGGAGCUUGAAAAAUGUAUGUAAGUAGUAGUCCACCAGAUCUUAGCAGAAAUAAGAAGUGAGCCUAGCUCAUAAGUUGGGGUAGUGGAUGUACAGCCCCGCCAACUAGGUUCCUAUUUAUACUACCAGAGCUUUCAUCUUUAUAGUACAUGACUAAAAUAUAUAUUCAAGAUUACUGUUUUUUA